AUGCAAAUGUUGACCCAAGAGAACUACUCAUUCAAGCAUUCAGAACUAAAGACAGAUGCACUAAAAAAGAUGGAUAAACUAAAACUUCUCCACCUAAGUAAUGUGCAACUCGAAGGGUCAUAUGAGAAUUUUUCAGAAGAUUUAAGAUGUCUCUGCUGGUUUGGAUCCCAAUUAAGAACAAUACCCUCUGACUUAUCCAUGGAAAACUUGGUGGCUAUGGAUAUGAGAUAUAGCAACUUGGAAGUAUUUGAUCCGCCCAUGGUUCUUCAGUCAUUGCGGAUAUUAAACCUUAAAGACUCGCACAAUCUAUUGGAAAUCCGCAACAUGUCCAGGAUCCCUCAUCUGGAGACUUUGAUUCUUUGGAACUGUCACAGUCUGGUUCAUAUUUGUGAAACCAUUGAAGACCUGACAAGUCUUGCACUACUGAACCUAACAGGGUGUAUAAACCUGUUAGUAGGGCUAAAAGUUUCUACUUCUGAUGGAGGCAUUGCAACACAACCUACCUUUUCCUUCCCACAUUCAUUACGUCGCUUAUUCUUCAAUGAGUGCAAUAUUGAGUGUACUGAUUCUUUUUGUCUGAGUUUUAGUGUUCACAUAUCUUUGCAGUACUUGAAUUUAGGCAAUAGUCUAUUUGAGUUUCUGCCUUGUUAUGAUCAUCUUAAAAAUCUUUGGGUCCUUGACUUGAGUUUUUGCUCAAGACUUAAAUGGCUUCUAUGCCUCCCAAGUACACUUGCAGAAUUAUACAUAUAUUACUGUACAUCAUUGGAGAGAGUAACUUUUGAAUCUCCUCGUUUCACAUUGCAAGAGUUUGGCUAUGAAGGUUGUAGUAGUUUGUGUGAAAUUGAAGGCUUUAUCAAAUUAUUCCAUAUAGCCAAACUUGAAGAUAAUGAUUUGGGACACAUGAAGUGGCUAAAGGAGUAUCAAAAUUAUAAGGUGUGCCUGGUUGGUGAUGAUGAGCUUACCAAAGGCAGAAGUUCAUCUUUACAGAUGUUGUAUGAAUUCGAUAUAAUGAGCACAUCUCUACCAGACAUAAAGGAUCCAAACAUGAAGCCUAAUUAUGCAUCAAAGUUAUCGUUUUUGUCCUUUGACGUUCCUUCAGAUCCCACAAGUAAGAAGCUCAAAGGACUUGAUGUAACUUUCAAAUAUACAAUAUCAGGUCAUGAGUGUGCAUGGUUCUGUAAAAUAUGUACGACCAAAGGUGUUGAUUUGAUUUACAAUCCCAAAGUCUUCGGCAAACCUGACUCUGGUAAAGUUGGUAUAUGGUUAAGCUAUUGGCCAAUUGGAAACACAUUGGACAUUGGAGAUACAGUUAAAGUCUCUAUUGUUGCGAUGAGAGGAUUGAAAGUACAUGAUUGUGGUGUGAGCCUUGUUUACUCUGACAAUGAAGUAGCUGAGGAAACCUUGAUUAAUAACAAGGGAUGGGUAGAAAUUCUUGGAGGAGAUUUGUCUGGAUUUCAACUAAGCACAGGAGUGUACUAUCUUUGUCGACGUGAUUUCUUUGAGUUGGUGGAAGCUGGUGGACUGACUCGUGGUUGGUUUAGAAUGUUAGUUGGUGGUACCAUUGACCAUACAGAGGUUCAAGGAUGGAGAAAGACAGGUCGACCAAGGCUGUCGAACCCAUCAAGUACAGAGUUGAGAGCUGUUAGAUGCAUCAUCCAUGGUCCUGAAUUGGUGGAGAUGUACAAGAUGGCAGAGAUGUCAAAAUCAUCUUUUGUAAAUAAAUGUUCAGAGGUCACAUCAAGCAUACUUGGGGAUACAAGUUCAAUAGCUUCCGGUUCUUCCUCAAGCAAUAAGGCUUCUCCUGAUGCUAAUGAUGGCAUCUACGACGUUUUCAUAAACCACAGUGGAGGAGAUACUUGUAAUUCUUUUAUAGAUCAUCUUUACACAGCAUUAAAACGAGCAGCAAUUGAAACUUUUAUGGAUACCCCAGAAUUCUACAUAGCUGCAGGAAUGAUGUCACCGAGAUUUACGGAUCACAAAGUGAACUUGUGGAAGAAAGGCCUGAAGGAAGUUGCUGAUUUGGGUGGCUUGGUUUGUUUGGGGCCUGAAACAACAUUUUUGAAGGAGAUAGUUGACACGAUCAACAGUAAACUCGAUGGAAAGGAAGUUCAUCUUCCACCCAAUCUAAGUGGGAUGGCCACUCGAUACCAGGAGAUCAAUUCCUGGUUAAAUCAAUCCGAUUUUCAGUUCUUAGUAAUUUGUGGCAUGGGUGGAAGUGGCAAAACAAAGCUGGCGAACUAUAUUUACAAUUCAAAUUUGAAGAAUUUUGAAAGCACGGGAUUUCUUGAAGACAUUGAUCGCAGAUGUAAGACGCUCGAUGAUUUGUUUGAACUACAGGAACAACUUCUUAAAGAUAUUUUAGGUGGAAAGAAGAGAAAAAUACCAGGUGUUUCUCCAAGUACAUGUACGUUUGAGGACGCCUUAGAAACAAAAAGGAUGCUUAUUGUUCUUGACGACAUUGCUAUAUAUAGUCAACUACUCACUUUACUUGGAACCGGGAAGAUUAAUGCACAGAGCAAGAUUAUAAUAACCACCAGGGAAAUUAUAGAUAGUUGGUUUAAGUUUAGAGAUUGGAGGUGUCAAGUUCAUGAAAUGAGGGAUGAUUGAAUAAGAAUGAAUCAUUAUCUUUUAAACGUCAUGCUUUGGUUCCAACGUUCCUAUAGAAGAUUUGGAGGAGCUUGUUUGUAGAAAUAGCAUGAUAUUGUAGAGGAAUUCCUCUUGCUCUUGUAGUGUUCGCUUCUCUUCUUUAGCCAAUGACAAUAUCAUCUUAUAUUGGAAAAGCUAAUUGG